CACACAUAUUCUGGAUGGAUUUUCAUAAGAGACUGCCCACAUUAUGUCACUGGUCAAAGUUAAACCGGCUCUUGAUCUGCUGCCUCUGGCUGCAAUCGGUUUGAAAUGCUGGGAGAACGGAAGCAGCCAGAGCCUUGCUGUGGAUUAUAAUCUGAGCUCAAAGGAAGUUUGGAGCAUAAUUUGCCCUUUGUAAUGGAGAAUACUGCAUGAUGAGAUCUGCUGGAGGGGAGGAGCCACGGGUUUGAUUUGAAGCUGAAGAGGCUGAGAGUUUAAAUGGUCAGAGACAGAAAAUGGGUUUGUGUCGUUCCUGUGGAGCCGAGGUGAAGAGAUGCAGAACAAGCAGCGAGCUGGCAGAGGGACGCUCUGCUUUCUCACCCAAGGAGCCCCAAACGCAACAAGAUUAUGAAGAUUUGACAUCUCUGCUGGGAAGCAAAACACUGUGGCUACAUAUUGAAAGCCAGGAUUAGUCGCCUUUUCAUUUCAUCUCUCUGGCCUGGCCUGGACCAUGAGGCUGGAGCGCGGCCGGCGAGCUUCCCUGGCAAUCACUCUCAACUUUGUGGCUUUGGCUUUCGCCGUGUCGGCGGUGACCACCAGCUACUGGUGCGAGGGGACCAGGAAGGUGGCCAAGCCCUUCUGCUCCGGGCCGCCGGUCCAGAUGAAGCAGAUGUACUGCAUCCGCUUCAACAGCACCAACCUCAACGACAGCCGGCAGGUGCAGUACAUCUUCGAGACGGGAGAGGAGAAGUUCAUCCUCAGGAAGUUCCACACCGGGAUAUUUUACUCCUGUGAGCAGGCUGUGGAUAUGAACGGAUUUGAUUGUCGAAGUUUUGCUGAGAUUGCUCCUGAACAUCAAAGAGGCGUGCUGUGGCUGUGUGUGGUUGCAGAGAGCCUGUACCUGGCUCUGCUCUUCGUGGGCGGGGUUCUGAUGAUUCUGGAGCAGAGCCGCUGCUUCAGCGUCAUGAACAAGCUGAAACUCAGUGCCUUCGCCGCCAUGUGCACCGCCCUCUCAGGCCUUUGUGGGAUGGUCGCCCACAUGAUGUUCACCACCAUAUUCCAUCUCUCCGUCUCUAUGGGACCUGAAGACUGGAGGCCCAAGACUUGGGACUACAGCUGGUCUUAUGCCUUAGCCUGGUGUUCGUUUGGCACCUGCAUGGGCUCUGCAGUCACAACCCUGAACAGAUACACCAAGACCAUCAUAGAGUUUAAAUACAAGCGGCACAACAUCGAGAAGAACCUGCUGAUCAAGCAGAAGAUGAUGGAGCUGGGUCUGCCUGAGCAGGUGUGGAACAUGUACCUGACCGCAGCUCCGGCUGACCUGGAGGUUCUGCCAGAACCGCUGGUAAACGGCCACAAGCCUUCCACCGGAGCGCCGUACGUGUUUGAGGAGGUGGAGCAUCCACCGGAGCAGCAGGUGGAGGCGUACUGCUGAAGGAGGAGAAUAUUUACUCUCCCUGCUUCACAUCCGAUCUGCAUCUGCAGAGUUAAAACCACGUUUAGCUUCUGCAACCAAGGCAACAUGUUUCUGCUUCAACCUGAGCUGAAUCUGCCUUCUUUCAUCCAAGAUGCAUUAAAACUGGAAUUAGUGAGAGACGCACUGAGAGGAGCAGUGAUCCUGACCGGCCUGAUGGAUCCGGCUGGAUCUGAGAGGAAGCAGGAAUCAGUGACUAACUCUGGAUCAACCGUUCAGGUGAAACGGCUGGACAUGAACUGACCUCAGACUCUUCUGCUUGGUUCCUGCUGCUGUUCUAAUUCACAUUUGAUGAUGUGAAUAAAAGAAAAGUGUUACAUGUGAGUGAAGGAUCUUUACAACACCAAACAUUCCCCGAGCUUCACAGGGAAAAGUUUGGAAAAGUAUUUAGUUUGUUUCACCAUUUUAGGUUUGGAUAAAAAUGUCCUGGUUUUCCAGACUUUACUGCAGGAAGAAAACUACUAAUGAAUAAUUAAUGAAGUGACUUACAUUUAAUCUUGUUCUUUAUCUUUGAUUCGCCACAUCACACCUUAAGUUUAACGUUUAGUUUUUUGUUUGCUGGAUGCAGCUCAACAUUUUGGACACCAGAGUUCAGCCAAGUGGAAAAAUAUUAAAUAUUCAUUCAGGUAAUGAAAAUGUGAAUCAAUUGUUCUGUGAAGGCAGAUUUUUAAAACAAUGUGGAUUCAUCAAACAUAACGGCUGGUUCAGUAAAAACAUGUAUUCAGUCAGAACCAGUUUGAUAAGAAUCCGAUUCAACAAGGUCACAGCAGCUGGUUGUUCUAAAGAACAUGUCCCAAGUAGAAACGACACCCUCUGCAGGCGGUGUGCUGCAGGCGGUGUGCUGCAGGCGGUGUGCUGCAGACGGUGUGCUGCAGGCGAUG